CCAUCCCAGAAGCAGGAGGACCAUACCAGUGAUUGUGAGGGGACUAGGACAUGAAAGUCAUCCCAGCAGCGGGGCCCAGGUCCCAGCUGUGGUUCCAGCCCAGAUCUCUUGGCCAAUGGCCCCCUGUUCUGCAUCUCAUCCCGUCUCCUGCAGCAGGUGUGGAGGGAGCCAGCACCUUUCUGGAAACGAGGGGUCGCACCCCAAGACACCUGAUGGACCCAGACACAUUCACUUCCAACUUCACAAACAACCCUGCUAUUGUUGGGAGACGCCAGACCUACCUGUGUCACGAGGUGCAGCUCCUAGAUGGUGACUCCUGGGUCCCUCUGGACCAGUACAGAGGCUUCCUGCAGAGCCAGGUGACCAGCCCAGCAGGCUGCCCACCCCUCCACGCAGAGUUUUGCUUCCUGGAUCGUGUUGGUUCUUGGCAACUGAAUCCCAACUGGCACUACAGGGUCACCUGCUUCAUCUCCUGGAGCCCCUGUUUCAGCUGUGCCCAGAAAGUGGCCAUGUUCCUGAGGAGGAACAGCCACGUGAAGCUGCGGAUCCUGGCUGCCCGCAUCUAUGACUACCACCCUGGAUAUGAGGAGGGGCUGAAGGCCCUGCAGGGCACUGGGGCUCAAGUAGCCAUCAUGACCCACGCAGAGUUUGAGCACUGCUGGGACACCUUUGUGGACCAUCGGGGAAGGCCCUUCCAGCCCUGGGAGGGGCUGGAUAAGAACAGCCAAGCCCUGAGCAGGAGGCUGCAGGACAUUUUCUACUUGAGAACCUCCUCCCCCUGGCUGCCAUCAUACCUGCCUCCUCUGUCCCCCUUUUCUCCCUGGGCUUCUCGCUCCCCUCUGCUGAGAUGCUCUCCAUGGGCCAGUGGAGCCCCAGGGCUGCGGGCGCUCACCCUCGGGUCGCUGCGGGGCGGCGGAGGAAGUUUGUCCGGAACCGAGGCCAGCGCCCUGCCCCGCGGCCCCCGCCUGGAGGUGCGCUGUCGCCGAGGCCAGGAGCCGCCUGGCUGCACCAGUUACCCGGCGGCGGCGCUGGGGGGGAUCCUCGCGGGGCAGAGGCGGCUGCCGGCUGGGGUGCGCCUGUCGCUCUAUGUCCCCGCGGGGGCUCAACCUUUAACCAGAUACCCAGCUGGGCGCCACUGA